AGGAUUCAAUUAGUCCCCGACUACCAAGUAAUUCCACACUCUCUACCUGAAACUGCUACCCCAGAAAGUCUAGUUUCAGGUGGAGAGUGUUUAAUUUUCACGCACGGAGAAAAUAUUCACGCACGGAAUAAAGCUAGCCUCUCUUUGUAUGAAAAUCGUGUUUUGGUCAAAUCCACGCAAGUCAAAGUGCCGGGUAGUCCGACGUCACUGGCAGAAAGAACAAUGUCUUUGUCAUUAGCAAAAAAAUCCUUAAAGUCAUUUGAUGGUGUAGAAGAAUCAAAUAAAACAAUCAAAAAAAGUAAAAAACCGAAACUUAACCAGCAAAAUAAUGAAAAUGAUAAAAUACAAAAACUGCUAUUAUUAACAUCUAGUUGUUUAGACGACAAAAUGACAAAAAAGUUGUUAAGAAAUGCCACCAAAACAAAAAGAGGUAGACUCAUGAAAAGCGUAGAUAAACAAGAUGAAGAUGAUUCAAAGAAAAAGGAACAACAAAGUGCAUUCACGGAAGAGGAUUUUGAAAAUUUUGCAAAAGAAUUAGAGAAAAUACAAAAUUAAGUUUGUAAAUUUUUAUUUCUAUUUUAACAAUAAACAUUUUAAACUGAA